CUGCUUGAGUUUUCUGAGCUGAGCGCGUGAUGCUCUUCUGAAAUGCCUGGGUCGCCCGCGGUGAUGUAAAAAAUAACCAGGAAGUCCACCCUGCAGAUAAAUGAGCGGCCACUCUAUACCUUAUUGCCUCUAGGAUUCCCGAUAGCAACCUUCACUUGCUGCUUCUGGUCGACUAAAGGGAAGAGCCGCUCUGUCCGGCUCGGUCUCUAUGGCGUCUGCCCACGUGGCCCGCUGGGAGCCGGAAGUGCCGCUAAGGCACGGCGGGAGGCAUACCGGCUCUGAUUUUCCCCGAGCGAGAGCACCUCUUAGCGUGUGCAGAGCGCCUCCUUAGAUCCCGGCGCUCCCAGAGAGGGGCGGGGCACCCUCGCCACAGAGUUCUUCCGUCUUCCUCCUGGCGGCCUCCGCCGGUUCGUGAGUUCCUGGUUGGUAGCAGCUUCUGGGGAGGGUCGGUGCCUUAGCGGGGAUGCUCGGCCGGGCAGGGGAGGCAGGAGGAGCCCGCCUCGUGCUGCGGCAGGUCUGGGACUGCUGGGCGGGCUCUCUCUCGCUGCCCGCACCACAAUCCCCGGCGGCGGCUGGGAGUCGGAGCUCCGCGCUCUCCGGAGGUCCCCGGUAGGGAGUGAGGCAGAUCUCGCCGCCCCAAAGGAUGUGGACCGCCGACGAGGUGGCCGCCCUGUGCUACAGCCACUACGAGGCCCGGCUGCCUAAGCAAGGGAAGCCGGCGGCUGGUCGAGAGUGGACUCUGCUGGCUGCGGUGCUGCAGGUGGAGAGCGCAGGUGAGGCUCGGAGAGGACCAGGUGGGCUCUGGCUUCUGCGGCGGGAGAAGGCGCCUUGACCAAAGGGGGCGCCUUAAAGGGAAACCCAGCGAGGGCCUUUCGUUUUCUGGUGUUGGUGUCCAGACUUUCUGUGGCCGUUCUUGAUUAUUAAGCACCCCAGCCUAUUUCCAUGGGUCUGCCUGAUGCACCGAUAUGCCUUGCAGGGGUAGCUGUGCUGCUGGAUAUAACCGAGGAGGCUGCUGCUGCCUUCAGCUCCUCCUAGCAGAACUUGGAUGCCCCAAGUGAGUCACCCUAGUUGUGUCCCUGGCUUGUGUGGCAGAUCACCUCCCCCCUGACUGGAGAGGAUGGCAUACUUGAGGGGAAGAGUUCCAUUUGGGAUUAGGGUGUUGAUUCCAAUGCUUCAAGAGCUUUUGGUCUGUUUCAGAGCACUUGUGCCAGUUACUGUCAUUAAAGCUUUCGGUGGAUUAGGACCUGGUUACUUUAUCCCAUAUAAAUAUUCCCCCCCCCCCCGCCCCCAGCACUAAGACUUUCAGGAGAGGGGUUUCACUGUCCGCCCCGUCAGCCCCCUGCAAAAAAUAAGUGAGCCUCUCUGUCAUUCUGUGAAGCCAGGGUGUUUGGUUCUAGAAAAAAGAAGAGAGACAAGAGCUGUGGGUGGUUUGGUAUCUCCCCUAAAGGGCAUUGCACUCAGUGGCAGCACCCAGGCUCUGGAACUCCCUUCCCAGGGAGCCUGGGUAGGCUAUCCCAUUGUGCCUUCAACCCUGAGGAAUAGCAAGAAAUAACUUUCAUGGGACCAUCAUCUAUUUGGACUUAAGUGUGUGUGUGAAAUGAGGGUAAGACACUGCAGAGGCAACUGCGGAACUGCCGUUGCUUCAGCCUUGCUGCUCCUGAGCCUGGCUUUGUGUGGGUGAAGCCCAACCCAAAAUUUUCCCUACCCUGCUACGGAGAUUGUCCUCUUCCAACUACCAUUAUUUCCCCCUCAGAAAUAAAGGCGAUCGUUGCCAUGGGAACUGGAACGAAAUGCAUUGGGCAGUCAGAAAUGAGGAAGACUGGUAAGCAGCCCCCUUCCCACCUGCUGGAGCUAGGUCCCCCCUCCUCACAAGCCCCUUGGAAUGGAGCAAGGGCAGCUGCACACUGGUGUGGCUUCGUGCUUGGCUUCCUCCUGGAGAGGAACCGUGUCGGGCUUACUCUGUUGGUUUUGGUGGUGGUGCUUCUGCAGGAGACAUCCUCAAUGACAGUCAUGCCGAAGUGGUGGCCAAGAGGAGCUUCCAGAGGUGAGCAAUGAGCUUGAGGGUGGACUGGGGGCGGGGGUUGGAAGAUUCCCUGGAAUGGGCAACUUCUUUGGGGGCCUGCUUAUUCCAGCUCUGUGGCCCUUUAAGCCAGCUAAACUUUGCCCUUUACCUUCCUGCAAUGCAUCUGAGAAAAGAGCAGGACUUGCUUGAAUUGGCUGAUCAAUUAUUUUAAGAAUUUGUAAACUGCUGUACGUUCAAAGAAUACAUGAGCUGCAUACAAAAAACAGAAUAUAAAAUGUAGUACAAAUUACAAAGCGAAGUUAAGAACACAAAGUCAACCAAAAUUUAAAGCUGCAGAAAUAGAAUGGACUAAUUGAGGAAAGCUUCUGGGGGGGGGGGAAUAAGUUUUCAGUGGACAUAAAAAAGUGUUUCUGUCUGGCAAAUUAAUCUCAUCCAACAAUGCCUGCAGGUGUGCUCCCACCACCAUCUCAAUCACCCUUCCACAAUAGGGGGAUUGGCGACUUGGGGAUAGUUGUCAAGAACCAGAGUAGACCAUCUCUGCUGAUUGGACCAUCUUCCAGAUACAUCCCAGUGACAGAAUCCAACAGUAUGCUAGCAAACAUUGACCCACCUGAUAAUAUAAGCCUGCAUUCUAGGGUAGCAGCUCACCCUGCCUAGGUUGUCCUCCCCUAACUUAAGCUUUCAUCAGAAGAUAGGUUAGUCAUACACACCCUCCCCAUAGGAAUGCUUCUCUCUCACCAAAGAUUGCCCUCCAACAUCAGGUUAUUUCAGCACUCUCAUAAAUGCAAAUUAAAACAAGCAAAUGAAGUGGCAGUUUUUCAUCAGUCCCAGGGAGGAUCACAUUAGAUUCAGGUGCCCCCAGAGGGGUUACUGCUGGUGAUGUCUCUUGUAAAGCAGCUGUCCUCUUGCCCCCAGGUACCUCCUUCACCAGCUGUGGCUGGCAGCUGUGUGCCAAGAGCCCAGCAUCUUCCAUCCAGGAAUGGAGGAAGGGAAGUGGAUUCUCAAACCACACAUCACCUUUAUUUUUUUCUCCAGCCACACACCUUGUGAGUAUGUUAGAACAGCUCUUUUAGUUGGGGGAAUCUCUCCCCUUCCCUUGGUGGCCACCCUUGGAGCUGGGUGGUAGCCUGGUGUGGCUGUACUGCAUUGGUGGAGGUGGAAAGUUCCUGCAGUGAAAUUGUGAAAGAGCCUGGCUGCCAAAUAGCCCAGCAUAUCACUGAGCACCUGGGCUGGAUAUAAAGGUAACUGAAACUCACUGUGGGUAAGCUAUAAAAAGGGUGAAUUCUACACUAUGCAUUGUUAGGAAAGGGAUUGAAAAUAAACGGCCAGUAUCUUAAUGCCAUUAUACAAAUUUAUGAGGAGAGCAUGCUUGGAAGACUGUACAGCUCCGGUUGCCUCACCCCAAAGGAGGAUGGGUUCUCUGCUCCAGGGAAUUUUUCCUCUGUGGGAGAGAGCCCCUGCUUGUCUUUGUCUUCUAAGAGCCCACCCCCCAUUUCUUCUAGGUGGGGAUGCUUCAAUUAUCCCAGUCUUGGAAAUGGAAGCACAGCCUUGCCAGCCCCUGAAGCCAUCAAAGGCAGCUAAGAGGGGCAUCAGUGACUGUGGGCCUCUGGCAGCUGAAAGGGAGUCUGAAGAGACGGCAGCUGACCAUGUCCCCAAGAGACAAAAAGUCUGUGGUGCUGAGCUCCCUGCAGAGGACCGUGUAGGAACCAAGGUGGUGGAUGUCCACAGAACUGGGGCCAAGUGUGUCCCGGGAGAGGCAGGGGAUUCCCAGCAGCCAGGUGGCGACUACCACACCGUGGGGCUUCUACGGAUCAAGCCAGGCCGUGGGGCCCAGACAGCCUCCAUGUCUUGCAGCGAUAAGCUGUUGCGCUGGAAUGUCCUUGGCUGCCAGGGAGCCCUCCUGAUGCAUUUCCUCCAGCAGCCCAUCUACUUUUCAGCCUUGGUUGUGGGCCGUUGUCCCUACAGCCAGGAGGCCCUGCAGAGGGCCAUUGUUGCAAGGUGAGCAAGUUGUGAGGAUGGGGAGGGUAUUAGCCAGGAGGGUGGAGCAGCCCAUUGCAGUUACUUCUGGGGAUCAUGCUUGUUUCCUUAUUCCAAACACUGGAACGUGUCAUGUUGCUGAACGGUGGUUGUGCUCUUCUGUCCCCCAGGGGUCUGCCUGUUUUGUGUUUGCCAGAUGGCUUCCGAGUUCAGGAGGUGGAAAUCCUGCAGUCCCAGAUGGGCUUCAUCCACAGCCGUGAAGCAGUCCAAGCCAACCAUGCUCUGCGCCAAGGGAAGCUGGUGCCCUGCGGGGCAGGUGGGUGUCUCCAGGGGUGUUUAUGAGGGUGCUUGGGCUUUCCACUCCCCUUCCCUUGCUUGGAAGUGGUGGCAGAGAGACCCUGCUGUGGGAAUUGUUAUUGUUUGUAUGCAUUACCAGAGCCAUAAAAGUCUGAGGGCAACGUUGGAGGUUGCCAUCUAACCAAAGAGACCAACUUGCAUUGCAGGGGUUGGACUAGAUGACCCUUGGGGUCUCUUCCAACUCUAAAAUUGUAUGAUAAGGAAACUGGAGGUGGGGGUAGAGUGGGGAGCAAUAGAUUUCCUUCUGGAAGUUUACUGGGUAUUUCUGCUGACUUGAUUGAUAAACAGAUAUUAUCGGCACAGCAAAUAAACUUUACUGAUAAAAUUGCUGUUUGUAAUAAUAGAAAGCAAUGCUGGCUGCAUUGGAAGGAAUAAAAUCACCAGGUAAGAGGAAGGGAAAAGAGGAAAAGGAGAGGCAGCAGCUAACUAAUGUGUGUGCAUUUGGUGUCAGCGCAUACCUGGGCAGCCGCCUUCUUCUCAGGGAUAUGGCCAAAGCGCUUGUUGAGAUGUCUGGUUCUGAGCUGGGGGUUUUAAGGGAGGGGGAAAGAUGUCAUCAUGUUAGUACCUAGUGAUAGGGUUGCAGGCAUUGGGGCAGGAAAAGGCGAAGCUGGUGAUCCACAGCUGGUAACAGUGGUAGGAGCAAAGGUCUGUUGGGCUGCCUGCAAAAGAAUAACCAUCUGAGUUGGGGGCUUUACAGGAUGGCACUUAGUGUUUCCCUUGCAUAUUUGCAGCAAGUGACUCCUCCUUCUUCUCUUUCCUCCCAGCUAUCAGCUGGAGUGCUGUUCCGGAGAACCCACUCGAUGUCACUUCACAUGGCUUCAAGCAGGGGUCAACCAAGAAAGUGAUUGGAAGCCCAAAGUCCAGGUGUGUGUCACAGGUGGCAGGAGCCACAGCUAGGUAGUGGGGGGGUGUGAGAGAGAGAGGCAGGUGCAGUCCUUCGGAUGAUUUCUGUGUGUGCGCUGAGUGAGCCAGACUUGUUGAAUUUCAGAGAAGAGGUGAGUCUCAAACAAGAGCCUGACUCUUUCAAAUGACUUCAUUCUGUACCACCCCCACCCUGCUUCUUCUGAACUGGUUUCAUGGCAGACAUUUUGUCCGGUUUUUAACUUCCUUACCAUUAGUGCUAAAUGAUUCAGGUCAGUUGCUUUGUCUUGCCAUAGGAACGUAAGAAAAGCUCUAGAGCUGGAUUAGGCCAAAGAUGGCCCAUCUAGCCCUGUGUCCUCACAGUGGCCAACCAGAUGCCAUAAAGGGAAGCCUACAAGUAGGAUCCAAGCACAAACAGAGCAUUUUCCUACUCAGGAUCCCACCGGCGACUGGUAAUCAGAGGCAUGUCGCCAUCUUGUCUAGUAGUACGCCAUCAACAUGCCUCCCGCUGUUGAAAGUCAUUGUGGCCAAGUGGGCUGUGAAGCAUUCUCCGUGUGUGUGUGUGUGUGUGUGUGUGUGUGUGUGUGUGUCUAAAUGCUGGGAUCAAGCAACAGAACUGACACACUUAACAUACAUUAAAUGAAAAACAAUGCCUGAAACACACAGUUUACAUGAGCUGCAAAUGAACAUGGAGGGUGGCCCGAAUUGGUUGGAAUCACCCUGGAAAGAAAUCUCUGCCACGGUGUGGAGCAGGAGCCUGAAGUGUUGCAGAUGUAAUCGUAACAGUACCAGCUGCAUAGACAAUGAGACCAUUUAUUACUGGGCUGCUUCUAAGGAAAUGGGGAAGGAGGCUUGGCAUCUCAAGGGAAAGUUUUUAGUCAGCAGCUGAUCAGCUUACAGCCUCCCAGGAGACAAAGAUCCUCUGAGUAGAAGAGGGUGGACAGUUGUCAUUGCAGGGUGAGUGGAGGUGUCGGAGUGUAGCACUUUGGCCCUACAAGGAUCUAUACUGAGAGUGGUGAAAUAACCUUGAGAGAUGGUGAUGAUUAAUGAGGGAGUGAGGGUGGUGUUUUCUUCAAAUCUACUCAGGGCAGUAGCAUUCCAAGCAAGACACAUGAGCUCCUCACGGGUAUGUGUGCGCGUAGGAAGUAGGCAACAGAGUUGGGACGCUUAACAUACAUGGAAUAGAAAAUAAUCCCCAAUACAUACAAUCUGUCCCAGGGGGCUGAGUUACCUGCAGUCAUCCUAGAAGGGAAUCUCGGCCCCAGUGAAACGAGGCAUGUGUGUUGCUAAGGGCCAGAGUAAUUUCAUUACAGGCUUGUUGACAGGCUUGAGGCAGGCUGAUCAUAUAACACUUGGCAUAGCUGCAGCGGAUGCUGACACAUUUCAAAGUGCUGGUUUUAACCUGGAAGGUCCUUUAUGGCUCAGGAUCCCAAUAUCCUUCAGAACUCCUUUCUCGAUACAAACUUUCCAGACCCUUUGGCCUUCACCUGUGGGUGGCAACAAGGGCAAGGUUUUUUGGGGGGCUUCUCCAUCUAUGGAGGUCUGUCCUGGCACCAUCAUUAAAAUCCUUUUGACACCAGGUUAAAAAUUAAGUCAUUUUCUCCUAGGCUUUUGAUGGAUUGUGACAAGGUGGUUGAUUGCCCGUUGAAUGAAAAAUUAUUGUUGCUGAAGCUUUUGUUGUUGCUUUUCUGCUGGGUUUGUUUGUGGAUUAUUGGAAUUGUUUUAUAAUUUUUCUUUUUGGCUUUUAAUCUUAAGUUGCUUAGAUACUUUUUUGGUAGUAGAUGAAAAAUAAGUCACUUAACUAAUUAUAUUAAUAAUGACAUGUAAAAGAAUCAAAAAUCAAUACCAUGUUCAGUUUUGGCAGCCCCACGUGAGAAAGCAUAGUCAGAAAUGGGAGUCUUAUGAGGCAGGAUAGCUACAACUCCUGGAUUUUAGACAUAAACAUUGUUGAGAAGCAAGUGGGAAAUACGAUCCAGUGUGUUGUAGUGGGCACAGCCUUGAACUAAGACUUGGGAGACUAUGAUGAUGUACCAACACAGGGCACUUUACAACAUCAAAACAAAAAAAUACAUAACUUAGUAACAAACAAACUUUAAGAGGCCAUGGAUGGUUUAAUUAAACAAAGGCCUGGAAUAAGAGGACUGGUUUUGAAUGGGGCCUAAAGACAUGUAACGAGGAUAUGUAACAAAAGGCACCAGGUGAGCCUCCCUGGGGAGAGCAUUCCACAAGCAGAGAGCCACCGCAGAAAAAGCCCAUUCUGGUGUGCCAUCUCCCAUCAUCAACCACAAAUCCACAGGCCCACCAGAAUGAAGCUACGGAACCACUGGAGGCCAAUGGGCCACAGUUUGGGAACCCCUGAUAUACACCAUCUUGAACUCUUUGGAAUAUAAAUGUACUUAUCAUAAUAAUGAUGCCAUUUGUGUACCUUCCCCAGUCAUCUGAUUUUGGGGAGGUGAGAUGCUGUGCUAAUUCAACUGAUAAAUCCUGGCAGUUUUAGUUCCUUGAAUUUCUCAAUCCUUAGGCAGCAUGCCUCUAUUUUUAAAAGGUUUUUUAAUAUAAUUAUCAUAAGAACUUGAGCCUCUUCUUAAAACACAGUCACACAAGGAAAAAAGCCUCAUGAUGGCAGAUUCCCUCAUAGAUUGCCAAUUGCACCAGUCUCCUUUGGGCAUUAGGUGUUACGAAUCCCUGCCAACCUGCAGAUAUCAAUUUCUGAAAAAGCAGAGGUCUUGCAAGAAGCUUUUUUGCAGUGGCCUUUGUGGACAGAAACUUGUCAAAGCAGCGCUUUAACCAACAAGCUGGCACCCUUGUCUCCUUUUGCAAUGAGACUUAUGAUCAGAAUUUGGUCUUCUGUUGCCGAUAGGUCUCAAAUCUGCAAGGUGGAACUCUUUCAUGCAUUCCUGAAGCUGGCGGCCAGCAUUCCACAGGAAAAACUGCCAAAAACUCUCAGGUGAGGAAUUCCCCACUGUCUUUUAACUGCUGCAUGCUCCACUUCUCUGACAGCAGGAGGGCCCCUGUACCACCAUGGGGUUGGCAACUUUUUCCUUUGAAAGGUAAAUUGACCAAUGGGAAAAGUGAGCUAGUGGACAGAGCUAAAGUCCAAAGCAGCUGGCAUUUGUAGGACUGCUGAGUUUGUUUUCUCUUUCUCUCUCGCCUUGUACUGCUCCAUCCCUUUAGGCUGCCUGCAGCAAGCCUGUGAGCCACAGUUUUGAAACUCAGUUCUAUGGGGAUUGUAUCCUGUCUUUCUAAUAGAAAACACUGUAUCAUUGUUCUUUCCCAAGCUUUCCCUCCUGUAUGCUACCCACUUCCCGUUUAGCUGUAUCUCCCUGUACUGAAUGGCUUUCCCCUGCGGUGUCUUACAAUCUUUGCAUUAAUGCUAUGUUUGCUUUGGCUGUAUUGAGGUUGCGUGCAGACACUUCCAGGGCCAGGCUCUCAUCUUCCCUGUUCUAACACACUCCUGCCAGCACCUGCUUCUGCAGGCUGCCUAGAUGUGCUGUGUGUACUAAGAGAUAUGCUGGCCCCCAUACUGCUUGCAUAACUUCUCCUUCCUCAAACAUAUUUUGGGCUUUGCUUAGUUUUGCAAUUUCCUGGGGUUUUGUUUGCACUUUGCCUGUUUCCUGUCUCUCUGUACCCUUGAGGCAGAGACUGGUGCCCAGGCAGCUGGUUCUGAUUUGACACGGUUGUCCCUCCCUGUGGGCAGGAGGGGGCAGUAUUUCUAUAUUCAGGUAACUUGGCCUUCUUCCUGCACACUUUGAUGGGGCAGGAGCUGCUGAAGACAGUGGGCCUCUGCCCUGUUCAUCUUAGGUGCUUAACUUCCCUUCUUGUUCAGCCACAGAGUGCCCAGAGAGGAGCAAAAGCUGCCCUUCUUCAGCAAAGUUGCUGGCAAGAGCAGGGCUGGACAUAGCUAAGUUGGUGUGCUGGAUACAGUUGGUGUUUUGAUACUCUGUGGUAGGCAGCAGCUGCAUGGCUUUAAAAAUAAAUAAUGGUUUAUGUAAUAAACAUCGGCUGAGUGCAAAGCUUUUGUUCUGGCCUCAGCCUGCCUCACAGCCUUUCAGAUGUCCACAGAUAUCCCCUCCCACAAAACACAGCCAAAGCUGUCAACAGCCUACUCCAGUCCCUGCAAAACACCAGGUUUCCUUUUAUCCUGCUACCCUCCACCUUCAGCAACUUGCCAAGUAGGUGGUAUGUCCACAAGCUGGCUCCUGCUGCUGAGUGUCCCACUUUGUGGGUGUUCGUAUGGCCUCCUCUGGGCCUCCCCCUUGCAAGGCAGACACAGGCAGAGCUGCUUGUGACCAUUUCUACACCAAAACGUUUUGUUGCAGCCCUUGGCCAUGAAGUUUUUGUGUGGUUGUUGAAUGUUUGCUAUUUGUUGGGCUAAGCAUGGCCUGAGUGGUGAUGAUAUCCUUUGUUUACAAAGAGCUGGGGGGGGGGGGAGCAAGGCAGGACAGUGACCCAUUCCAGGACUGUUUGUUUCUCCUCAGAGAGAAGAAAUUAAAGACUUACUGGGAGUAUAAGGAAGCCGCUGCCAGUUACCAAGAAGCCUGGAAAGCACUGCACAGCCAAGCUUUGGGCUGCUGGGUGAGGAACAGUCGUGAUUACCUGCACUUCACGUGAGAGGAGGAAGUUGCACUGUGACACCUGGCUCAGAGCCAAGACUGCCUCACCUAGGGGGUGGGAUGUUACUGGUCCCUCUUGUGACUGACAGGCAUAGAGCUGCAAUGAUUGAAACUUGAAAGAUAAAUAUUCUUGAAACUUAUUUUUAAACCACCACGACUGCUACGUCCUUAGCCACCACCACCCUUUACAUUUUAACAAAAGGGCAUACAGUGGUACCUCGGGUUACAUAUGCUUCAGGUUACAUACGCUUCAGGUUACAGACUCCGCGAACCCAGAAAUAGUACCUCGGGCUAAGAACUUUGCUUCAGGAUGAGAACAGAAAUUGCGUGGCGGCAGCGGUGCAGCAGCAGCGGGAGGCCCCAUUAGCUAAAGUGGCACUUCAGGUUAAGAACAGUUUCAGGUUAAGAACGGACCUCCGGAACGAAUUAAGUACUUAACCCGAGGUAUCACUGUACUAAAACAAGGUAGCAGCCCAUGAACCCUGUUACUUAAUUGUCGCAGCAUGGUCUUUUCUGUUUUUGUCUUUCUGUAACUUGGGUGUGACUGAGGUUAUCAAGUCAGGCUGAGAUUGCAAACAGCUCUUUGCAAAUCUAUUGUUAAUUAACUGUAGUAGACAAAAAGUGGGAUCUCCAAUGGUGUAAUCUUUGCAGUUCUGGUGCUCGAUAUGAAUAAUUUUAAUUGUAUACUCAUGUUAAGAAGUUAUUAUUUAGGCUUUUGUUGACAGAAGUUUUAGAAACUUAUUAAGUACAGUAAGCCUGCAACUUAUGCAUAUUUAACUUGUGUGCAUUCAGCUUUAUGCACUUUGCAAUU